AUGGCAAUCAAAGAAGACUCAAUGCAUAAGCACAUUUUUGAUUUGUAUGACAAAGAGCAUGAUCUCGUAGUAAACAUGGAUUGCCUUGGAGACGCUGCAAGGCUUCUAGGAGCUAAUCUAUCAGAUGCAGAAAUUGAAGAUUUUAUGUCAGCACUUGACAAGUCUGAACCGCUGAUUGAGUUUGAGACAUUUGAAGAAUUAGUAAACCAGUUGAUAGCUAAGGACAAAAUUUCUAAGUAUGACCUUAUCAAACGUUUAGAGCCGUUUGAUAAAGAUCUUGACGGGAUGGUGGCUGUCAGUGAUAUAAUUAACCUUCUCUGUGGGCCUGGGGAGCCAUUAUCAAGAGAAGAUGCUGAAGAAAUUCUACACGAUAUUAACCCGCAGAAUUCUCCAAAGAUUUCGAUUACGUCUCUUAUAGACAAUUUAUUAAGAAAUGAAUUAAUCUAA